GAGCAGUAUCUCACACUCAUAUCCUAACAUGACCCCUCCCAAAAAAUGUCUUUUUUUUUUCCCUCUGAGACAGGGACUCAACAUUGUAUCCUGGCUGACCUGGAAUUUACUAGACAUCCCAGGUUGGCCUUGUGCUUAGGACAGUCCUUCUGCCUCAGCUUCCCAAGUUUUGAGAAAUGAGCUACUAUGUGUGACUAAGAAGAUGUUUAUUGAAUGAACUGACUGCAAAAUAAUAUGGAGUGAAAUCUGGGAAGAGGUUUUGUUUUGCUGAGACUCUUCCAAAGACCAUGAAAUGGGAUAACAUCUCUUUCCAAUCAUCCUGUCUUCACCCAUGUACUUCAAUCCCAUGGAAGAAGUGACAGGCUCCCAUCAUAUCUCUGAUGCCUACUUUUAAUUGCCCACUGUCUGUCCAUCCAGACGGUACAAAGAAUGUGUUCUUCAUUAUUAGUUCAGAGCUUGGUGCAUACUAUGCUCCUAGGAAAUGUGUCCUAUUGUUUUGUUCUUACAAAGAAAUGUGCCGUUCGUGGUUACUUGGACGGGCUGAGUAUCCGGUCAGUGGUGACACCUACCGAAUAUGAAGUUGGAGAUGAAGAGCAACACAGCACCCCAUGAUACCGAAGGAGACAGAAAAUGGCAAAGGCACAGGUGGAAAAUCAACAGCGUGGCAUAGUGAUCUGCCAUGUGAUGUGCGUGCGCUCUUUCUCACUGGGCUUUCAGAGCGCUGCAGUCAUCUGGAUGAUUGCUGCCAUUUUCCAUGUAGGAAAGCUCGAGGUGGCUCCUCGCCCACUUCAGGGACCACACCUGAAGAGUAGCUCACCAGACCCUGGGUCCUGCCUGAUUCUGUGUUGUUUUAGCCACACUCUUUCCUUCCCAGUUACAAAACAACGUUAUGACAGUGACAACCUCGGUGUGUGUCAGCCUUUGACAUGUGUUUAUCGUAACUUCCUCUGAAGAAUUAAAAGCCAUUGACUUCCAGUGUUGCUAUCUUAGAACUGGAAGGAAAUGAAAACUCCGUGGAUACCCGAGCUCCCUCUUUGGUCCCUCAUUGGUCCAUCUUGGCAGCCACUGCAGUUAAUGUGUCUGUAGUAAACUGCUACCUCUUGAGGCAGCCCAUUCCUUUUUCAAUGGAAAGCGACUUCAAAGAAUCAAGCCAAACAUAGGUGUUAGAAUAAUAGCGUACAGGGACCUGUAGGAGAAGGGUCAGUGCCUCACAUGGAUGUGGAAACAGCAGAGGCCACGCUGGGUAAAGGUGAAGGGUACAUGUAAGGGGAAGAAGUCUUCCAUGAGUCCGCUUGGCAUUUGGGGUUAUGGGUAAGGCCUGUGGGUCAGCUGGGGGCUCAGCUCUGAGCACUGAAGCCAGACUCUACUCCUUCUCCUGUGUGUUUCAGGCCCCAGAGUAAAACAGGUAAGACUUUCAACAUCAGAGACCCCUUGACCUCAGUCAUUGAGGUCACUUGGAAAAGCUGGAGCUCUUCUGAAGGACACACAUGCCUUAGUGUGGUUGUCAGCCAUUGAAGGUUUUUUCUGAAUUGUGGGCACAUACGGAUGUUGGGUUUAUUUACCAAACCCCAGUGGGACAGUGACCCACAUGGAUAUUUUUUGAGAAAGGGAUACAUAUAACCAUCUCUGUAUGAAGACACAUAUUCAUAGGUAUGGGCCUUUUAUCCUGGGUCACCAGGAGUCUGUCUCUAAGACAUGGUUUUACUCCUGAGGUCAUCAUGCCCAGAGUCCAUUUUAAAUGCCCAGUUUCCCACUUCUGUAUUAACAAAUGCAGUGUACCUAUACAGCUCCUAGCUAGUCUUCAAAAUGUUGCCCAGGUGCCCUGUCUCUCAUUCAUGCAUCCAUUCUACAAGUAUUUCCAGAAUGUAUAUUAAUUGCUGGAUGCUUGGGAUAUAGGCAGCAAAACCCCUAGCUAAACAGUCACCUUCCAUAUUCACACAGCCCUGAGUUGUGCUGCAACCUAUUUUCUCUAGUGCUUAGUCAAGGCCCUUGCUAAGCUGACUUGAACAAAUACUUGUUCCUUGAAUCCUUCCUGAUUGUAUAAGUGAACGUCCUAUCUGUGAAUCCAUGAAAGUCACAAAGUAGUUUCAGGAAUGGUGACAGGGAAUUUUCUCUGAGGUCACUAAUGCCCAGAGCUUUCUGGCUUUCUACAAUCUAGAGGGACACCAUGCAGUUAUAGACCUACAAAAUGUGAUCACCCCCAAGCUGACCACAGAGAUAUCUCUGUCUGUGUGUUCUAAGGGCAUGUACCCAGUGGUCAGCAGAACAGUGUGGGAUCCAGGGAGAAUUCCCACUGGCAGAAAGUGCAGGCAACUUCAUCACAUCUGCAUGCUGGCCAGAUAUAUUUCCUAACAAUUGCUUCUGUGGCCACAGGAUGGGUCCUGCUGCCAUGAUGGUUCAGCCGCCUGAGCUCUGAUGACACUGCGCCAUGUACAGCGUGGAAGAUCUCCUGAUUUCUCAUGGAUACAAGCCAGCCCGAGAUGUCUCAGCACCGUGUGAGGACAAAUCAGAGGGAUGCCGGCCGACGAGGACAAGAACCCGAGCUGACCAGCGCCUGUUGAAUGGAUAUGAGGAUGGCCCUACAGCCCAUGCACACAGUAGGACAUACCUGGGGACAGGGAAUGUGAGCAGCUCUGAGAGCUGCAGCAGCAAGCCAAGAAGCCACGGGGAACGCCAGAGCACUUCUGCUUCCAGAGCUCCUGAGGCAGGGUUUUUAAAUCAACCCUCUUUAGCAUGGUCCUCUCAACCACGUAUUGGUAGCGACCACACCUACAGGAGCAGAGGAAGGCAGGAGGGUUCCAGGGACCGAGAAGACGUGGAAAUCAGAGGAAUGGCUCAGGCGCACAGUCUACCCAUCCAUGUGAGAGAAAGUCCAUGGGAAGUCGCAGGAAGAACAGAGCAUGUGAUGAGAAAGGCUGUUUGGGAAGAAGAGCUGCGGAUGCCAGCUCCUGCCAAGUGGCAGAAUGUGAGCCCGGAAACCUGGAAGCAGCCAAGGAAGUUAGGGAGGCAAGUGUCUGAUGGUGAUAGAGAGAAAAUGUUCCAGGAUCUGUACCAGUUCGUUCAAGGAGAUCAUAUGCCCAUAUCUCAGAGCAAAAAGAAAUCCCAGUCAUUGCCUCGAGUUCUUUCUCCUGAGAGCCUGAGUUUCACAGAAAUUCCUGUUCCGCUGCGUGAUGGGCACUUAAUGGGUAUCCCCAAAGCGCCCCCAUACCCUCCCAGCUGCCCACCACCUCUGGAGCCCACGAGGAACCUUGAGAAGUCUAGUUUUCCCAGGCCUAAGUUCGGGAAACCCCUUAAGACCCAGAGUCACCGCUCUCAGCCACAGCCCAAGGACCCCCAGCACGGGGAGCCACGUGGCUCCUACCCAGCAAGAAGUAAGGAUUCCAGGCAUGAGCUGGGUAUGCUGGAUACUGGCUUGGAGCCUCCAGUGUAUGUGCCUCCACCUUCAUACAAGUCACCCCCCCAGCACAUUCCAAACCCCUACCUUGAAGAUCCUGUGCCCAGGCAUCUGAGCAGCAGCCAGAGUCAACAGCAGCAACUGCCUGAGAAGGCUGAGGCCAGUUGUCCGCUUCCUUCUGGCUCCCUUGCAGCUAGGAACCUCUACAGUGCCACACCUGGCUCUCCCCCUCAAGGUCGUCCUCCACACCCCUACGUUGCCACCCAAGGGGCUUCUGUUCAGUACAUCCCAUUUGACGACCCGCGGAUCCGACACAUCAAGCUCACUCAGCCCCCGGAAUUCUAUGAGGAGGCAAAGAUUGAUGACAGACCCUACAGCUCUCGCCUCGCUGCCGAGGAGCCAGCACCCCCAUCAGUCAUUGAGCAGGGCUUAGCCUUUGCCCGUUCCAGUUCCAGUCCACGGUGGCUGCAUGGCCAUGUCCCCAUGGACACUGAACAUGGAGGUUUCCCCAGCCAAGCAGAAGAGCGCGUCGUGAGAGAACUAGGAGCUGAUGUAAGAGACAGGCAGGCAGAGAGUCAUGCCUCUUCCCCACAGCCACAGAGUGAGGGUACCUGCAAAACCUACACUAAGAUCAGAAAGUUUGAAACUGGGAUUCAGACCAAGAAAAGUUCAAAGAAGAAAACCAAUGCAACCAUAUUUUGUUUGGUUUCUGUCCCAGUUAAAUCUGAGUCACUUCUGCCAGAUACGGAUACGAACAACAAUGGCUUGCAGUUGGGGCCCGGUAAGACGCAUGGAUUGUGUCAGGGUGCAGCCCUGGAAGAGCAAAGUAUGUUGAGUAUGUCUUCCACCGACCUGGAGCUGCAAGCCCUCAUGGGAAACAUGGCUUGGAGAAGAACAUCCCCAAGGCAAGGUCUGGCGGAUCCAGAAGACUUGAGUCAAACUGAUGACCUCAGAAUCCUCCACCUCACCAAACCCAGCCAGCUCCAGCCUUCUGGCUCAUGGCCAGGCUACCAGUGCAGAGAUCAGCAGACCCAAACCAGUUUCCCUGAAGACACCAAAAGCUCACUUCUCCCUCUUGCCGUAAAAGCGGGAGAGCCCGGCAAUGCAGCCCUGACCCCAUCAUGCCCAGAGCCCACUGUUUCCGAAGUACGUGUGCAUGCAGCCUCAGCAUCUAGUGACCAAAAUCAGAAGCCCAGUGGCCCUCACCUCCGAGGCCAGAUGUCCCUCAGCCCGUCUCGAAACAGUGCUUUCUCAAGGACUUCCUCAGCCUUAAACCAGGCUUCUGCGCCAAAGGGGGCCUCGGGUCAGCCCCCUAGGGCCAGCCCUGCACCCCGGCCAGAGGUGGUGAAGGGGGAGCCUACUGCAGGCCAGUGCAACAGCACACAGCUCUUUGGUCAGUUUCUCUUGAAACCAGUUAGCCGCAGGCCCUGGGAUCUGAUAAGUCAGUUGGAAAGCUUUAACAAGGAGCUUCAGGAAGAGGAAGAAAGCCAUGGUGCUAGCGGUGGGAGCAGUAAUGAGGGCAGCGAGGUGGAACAGCCCCAGGAUAGUGCUGACUCCAGAGCCAAGACCCGAAGCCGCCAUGAAACCAGCCAGGAAAAGAGAGCGGAGCCGCAGCCUGCAGCACUGGUGUUCGAGGCAGGGUUCCAGGCAGAGAGCUGGAGAGAGGAACCAAAACCUGGCUCCCCAAGUGCCCAUCCUCAGUCCCUGGGCCGGUCACAGGAGGAAAACAGCAGAGGCGAGCUAGUCCAGUGGGCAGAUGAGAGCCUGGUUGCAGAGCAGCAAAGCCGGGAGGUCCCGAAUGGGGUAUGUGAGCGGGACAUUAGCGUGAGUCCUCUAAGCAGGAUGGCUCCCAGUGACACAGAAACAGCCCCCUUUUUCUAUCUGGCAGAGCUGAGAGGAAGUCAAGAACUCACCAAAGUCAGCGAUGCUUUAGGGUCCAUGCAGCUGGACAGAGAGACCCCUCCAAGAGUGAACACUGGUGAGGAGAGAGACACAGAGGCCCUCCUGCCUCUCGCUGACAAGUAUGGAGGUUUCUCAACAUCAGACUUGCGGUCUUUGGGGCUCCCACUGGGACAAGAGCAGAGGGUCUCCAAACCAGAACCUCUGGAUGUAGAGAAUACAGUGGAAGUCCUCCCAAGUGAGUCUCUGCAGGAGAGGGCGGAGAGGAUCCUGGGCAUUGAAGUGGCUGUGGAGUCUCUCCUGUCAGGUGCCGGGAGAGGACAGAGGCAGCUCCCUGAGCACGGUGCAAGUGCCUGCAGCCCAGAGUCGUCCAGAGAGGACUCAUCUCCCAACUUGGCCCCAUCAGGGGGCUCUUCCGUGAGCACUGAUGCUUUCUAUGGCAGGAGAAAGUGUGGCUGGACUGAGAGUCCCCUCUUUGUAGGGGAAAGGGCCCCCCAGACUUCUGUGUGCUCAGAUGUAGACGGUUUCCUGGGAAGCCAAGCCACCAGUCCUGAGCCUGAGAAAAAGGACGGGGAGGCAAAGGCACCCUUCAAGUCCACUCUGUUCCAUCUCAUGGAAAAGACUGCAGGCACGGCAGGCUCCGAAAAGAGGCUCAGAAGCCCUUCCAAAGUGAUUGAGAGUUUACAGGAGAAACUGGUAUCGCCCCCAAGGAGGGCAGACGCAGAUCGCUUGGUGAGAAUGAGGGAGAUCAGCUCCUUGUCUCGGAUGAGGUGUCUAAGCUCCAGGAGUGCAGACUCCACGGAGGAGCCCGACCACCUAAAGGCCACCAAGAGUCUUGUCUCUCAGGGUGUGAUCCCGCAAGAAGAAAAUGGGCAUCCGGAAGUGCUAAGGAAGAAGCUGACUGAUCAGGACUUGUGGUCUGCAGAUUCCUAUGAUCCCAGCCGUGUGGAGAGGGUGUGACGGAUGCUGCUGUAGCCCCCACCACCUUGGCUAACGGAGUGAUCUCUGUGAACUCUGGUGUCUCGUCCAGGCUAAGCUGGAAGCUGUGGGUUUGCGGUGUCUCAACUCCUCCUUCCCCGCCAGUGGGAAAUCGGCCAUCCCUACAGAACUGUCAUGGAGCUAAAGCAGUGGGGUGCUGACAUCACAUGUCUUUAGAGCAUGGAUAUAGAAUUCCUAGAUUAGAAAAGAGUUUUCACAUCAGUUCCCCUUCCUGGUGGAUCAGGCCGAGUGGGUGUGAAUAGCUUGGUGUUAAUCCAGUUUUAUGUGAAGAAUCAAAUAUGGAAGAUGCGGUGGGUGAUUUUGAUUGGACCAUAAUGUCACCCAUUCCCUGCCGCAUCUGCCCAGCCCAUGCUCAUGUUUAGAAGUGUGGCCUAGGCAACUGCGUGGUAUUUGGACACUUACAGUUUAUGAGGAAUAUGAGUGAGUGUGUAUGACCCAUUUUUAUGACUCGACCUUCGGCAGCUUGGGGUAACUUGUAAGUAGCUGCGACCAGAGCUUCUUUGUGUUCCUGAGGGGUCACAUUCACGCUGUAACUCACCCCAAAGUGAUUCACUUGGCACUGAAGCAAACAUGCCGCACUCUGCUUUGCACUGUAUUCCCUAGGUUUUACUUUCUGUGUGGAUGUUUAGAUAUUCUUUAUAUGAAAAAUAAUUGCUGGUUUAAAAUAGACCAUGGUAACAAAGUAACUAUAUUUCUUUUUAUAAAAUUGCUAUUUUUCUAUGAUGUAUAAACAGUUCUUAGGUGGCAGAUUUUUAAGGAAGUGCUAUUUUAUUUAAGAGUCUAUACCUGUGUGUGUGAGGGACCCAAGAGGGCCCACCUUGGCUCUAAAGCCGUAUCCCUGCUCCACCCUCAGCUCUGUUCCUUGUGACUCAGGUUCACAGUGCUAGUGAGGACUGAUCACAAGCUCAUCAGACUCGCAGAGUUUCACAGUGUUAGUGAGGAUUGAUCGCAGCUCAUCAGACUCGCAGAGAGUUUCACAGAUGGAGCUGUGGCUCACAUUUCAAGUCACUCCUCUCCAAUUGACCAACAACUUCCUGGUCGUUCUACAGCCAUGUCAACGAGACUUGCCAAAACUCCAUAGUUUCAUCCUGUAUUUCUGUGGGGAAUCUGCCCCAGAAAGAAACUUUUCUCUUGCCCGCCACCUUGCUCCUUUACAGAAAGAUAUAUUUUUGUCUAGAAUGAUCCUGAUGAACUAACUAAUCUUGCAUAUUCUAACAAGUGCUUGGAAACAGUACCUAGGCAGCAUUCUCCUCACAUAUGCCAUGUUGGAAGGGUCAGGAGGCCCAGGGUUCUACUCCCGCAUCUGCCUGCAUACUUCAUGCAUUUUAUGCAUUUCACCCUUCUGUCUGAGGAAGGUAUUCUUGCUAGCUAACAUUUUCCAAAGGUUUUAGCCCCUUCUUUCCUCUCCUCCCUCCUUCCCUCCCUCUCCUUUCUUCUUUUUUGUUUCCCUCUUUCUAUUAAUUUUUGAGACAUUUUGUUAAUCUGUUUUCAGACGCGUCAUAUUCUUCCAGUGUGACUCCAUGGCUGGUUUCCUCUGGCCCCGAGACAGACUUUCAUGGCCUUGUAUCUACAUAAUAUUAUUUUAUUUCCUAAGAACUUCACAUGUUCUGGCUGGACCACACAGAGCAGAAUCCAAGUCCACACCAUUGCUCAUGCUCAUCUUAGUCCAGAGCUUGGCUCUCGUGGAAGCAGGUAUGGGACAUAGGUCUCCCUGAGGCAGCGGGCUAGCAGGUUGGUGAUGUGCAAUGCCACACAUGCAGACCCCAGGGCAUGUCUGUGUGCACACUGGUGCUGUACUGACUUCCCGUCAAAUGAUCCGAUACCAUCUAAAGACUGUUGAGGAAAAACAGAAGGAUCCUGAAGGAAAGCUGUCGUGCCUUACGUAUCUCAGUCUGGAAUGGGAUGCUCUUCCAUUUUGUCUUGUUCAAAGUCAUAUAUGUCAUGUUUCCCUGCAGCCAUUCAGUCAAAAUAGCAAAUAUUCAUACUUUAACCUCAAUUUUUCCAGAUUUAAGCCCAUAUGAAAAUUUUUUUGGAAGAAAGUGGUAACAUUGAACUUAGUAACUUGAAAAUUUGACCUUUAACUUUUCGUAUCCAAGGUAAUGAAUAUCUGGCCAAAAACUGUUUUGCUGAGGUCUUGAGUUCAAUACUGACUAUGAUUCCCUUUGUAAACUCCACGCGUGCCCAUGACCGUUGGUGGAAAGUUUUUUGUAUUCUGUGUUUGUCAAUUGUUUUUCUUAUUACACAUAAUUUGGAGCUUAUAAAAUUAAGUUAUAAUUUUGACCAUUUUAUCUAAAAAUUAUAGCAGGAAUUGUGCCUGUGUUGUUUCUGGAAUUGCAGAAGGGAGGGGGAAAUGGUGGUCUUUGGCCUCUUUGGGGAAAACUUUCUGAAAGAUUGAAGAUGAAGUAGCCUUUACCAUAUUCAAUUGUGUUUCUGUAAUCCCAGGAAACCCUCUAGGGAUGCAGCCGGUCCCUGGAUGGGACCAUCAGAAUUAUUUCCAUAAUUAUAGACAUUUAUUUCCUUUAUUAAUAAAGGUAAUGUGCAUCA